AUGGGUGAGGGAGAGGACAGAGGAGCCAGUGAGCUCGGUGUGCGCGCAGAGGAGAGCCGGGACACAGCCGAGCCACGCCCCGUGCCCGCCCUGCCUGCAGGGGUGGUCUUUGCCCACUAUGGGCACACCUGGCGGGAGCAGCGGCGCUUCUCCGUGUCCACCCUGCGCAACUUCGGCAUGGGCAAGAAGUCCCUGGAGCAGUGGGUGAACGAGGAGGUCUCGACCCUCUGUGCCGCCUUUGCCGACCAGGCUGGAUGUCCCUUCAGCCCCAACGCCCUCCUGAAUAAAGCGGUGAGCAACGUGAUCGCCUCCCUGACCUUCGGGCACCGCUUCGACUGCAAAGAUCUGUGCUUCCUCAAGCUCAUGGACCUGACAGAGGACAUUCUGAAGGAGGACUCCAGCUUCGUGGCCCAGGUGCUGAACGCGAUCCCCGUGUUCCUGCACAUCCCGGGGCUGGUCACCAAGGUCUUUCCUGGGCAGAGGGCCUUCAUGGCCCAGCUGGAUGAGCUAGUUGCUGAGCACAGGAUGAACCGGGACCCGGCCCAGCCUCCUCGAGACCUGACUGAUGCCUUCCUGGACGAGGUGCAGAAGGCCAAGGGGAACCCGGAGAGCAGCUUCAAUGAUGACAACCCGCGCCUGGUGGUGGGUGACCUGUUCAUUGCUGGGAUGGUGACCACCUCGACCACGCUAGCCUGGGCCCUCCUGCUCAUGAUCCUGAAUCCGGAUGUGCAGCGUCGUGUCCAACAGGAGAUCGAUGAGGUGAUAGGGCAGACGCGGCGACCAGAGAUGGGGGACCAGGCCCGCAUGCCCUUCACCAUGGCCGUGGUCCAUGAGGUGCAGCGCUUUGGGGAUAUCACCCCACUUGGCUUGCCCCACAUGACAUCCCGUGACGUUGGAGUGCAGGGCUUCCUCAUCCCCAAGGCAGAGAGUGUGGCCCACACAUGUUUGGUGGCAGGGGUCAGGCCCCCCCUAGCCCAGACCCCACCCAUGCCAGGCAUCUCCUGCCAGGGGACCACACUCAUCACCAACCUGUCAUCGGUGCUCAAGGAUGAGACCGUCUGGAAGAAGCCCUUCCGCUUCCACCCCGAGCACUUCCUGGACGCACAGGGCCGCUUCGUCAAGCAGGAGGCCUUCAUGCCCUUCUCAGCAGGCCGCCGCUCGUGCCUCGGGGAGCCCCUGGCCCGCAUGGAGCUCUUCCUCUUCUUCACCUGCCUCCUGCAGCGCUUCAGCUUCUCGGUGCCCGCUGGGCAGCCCCGCCCCAGCGACCACGGUGUCUUUGGCUCCAUGGUAACCCCAUCCCCCUACCAGCUCUGUGCUGUGCCCCGCUAGAGGGGGCACCAAGCCCCCAACCUGUUCCUUCACGGGGGCCCUGAUCUCCAAUAAACCAUUCUGAUGCCUCCAACCUGGCUUGAGUCCCACCUGAGCCCCCUGAGCAGCCUCCGGCAGUGAUGUGGCCUCAAUAGCCUCCCCAGGGCAGCCCUACCCCUCCUUGAUCCAGCCUCACCUGGCAUUUCACCCUACUUGAGACACAGGCAUACUGAGGCUCAGAAGGUGACAGCUUACCCCUAGUCACUCAUCCAGACCCAACACUGGCUGCCCUGGUUGGUGACUAAGUCCAUGCAACUCUUGACUCCUGGGUGUCAGGGAUGGGAGGAGUGUGAUUGGGCUUCUGAUAGAAUCAGCCCAUCCCGGGCUGGGGGAGCGCCCUCAGGUUCAGGGAUUCACUGCGAGGACUCACGGGAGUCAGAACAGCUGUUAUACUCACGGCUAUGGUUUUCCAGAGAAAGGAUCCAGACAGAAUCACCAGGGGUCAAAGGCAGGUUGGUGGAGUUCAGGAGGAGUGGACACAAGCUUCCAGCUGUCUCUCUGAGGAUUUGUGCAGACAGUGCUCAGUUCUCCCAGCAGUGAUGUGUGACACAAGCAGAGAGUUUGCUCACCAGGGAGGCUCCCCUGAGUCUGGGUUUCCAGGGAUUUUGUUGGGGUCAGUCACUUAGACUGCGAGAGCCACAUGGCUGACCUCAGUUACUCAGUGUCCAGCCUCUCUCAAGGUCAACCAGUGUGGCCCAAGGCCCUGCCAUCAAUCACAUUGUUGACAUCAAUGUAGUGUGACCCAGGACCACAGGUACAGAGACACUUGACAGGCAGGUCAUCCUAAGGGCAAAGGGCAUGUUUCUCAGGAGCUUGUCAAGGGCCAGGCAUUUUUCUGGAAUGUGCAGGGAUUAAAAUCCCAAUUCUACGGAGUAAAUUUUUCACUGCACAGGCCCCCACCCUGGUUUUUGGCUCCUACAGGAAAAUGCUCAUAUUUGUCACUACAUUUUGUGUGUUUAGGGGGGAAAUGCACACAACAUAUAAUUUGCCAUCUUAAUCAUGUUUGAGUGUACAAUGCAAUGCUAUUAAGUACCGAUAUUGUGCAAACGUCACCGCCAUCCGUCUCCGGAACUCUUCAUCCUACAAAACUGAAACCCUGUCCCCAUUAGACAGUAACUCCCCCUACCCCCUCCCGGUAGCCCCUGGCAACCACCAUUCUACUUUCUGUCUCUGUGAAUUUGACUCCUAGGGACCUCACAUGCAAGGAAUCAUAGAGUAUUUGUGUGA